AUGAUAUUCAAAGAUCCCGAAGAGGGUCUUAGUUUUUAUAAAGCAUAUGCAAAUGCCGCUGGAUUUACUUCUAGGAAAUCUACUACUACAAGGAAGAAGAAUAACAAAGAUAUAAUUGCUUUUCAAUAUGGAGUUUGUAAUAAGGAAGGUUUCAAGGCAACAAAAAAACCUAUUGCUCAACAAACUGUUGAUGAAGAAGGAAAAGUUCGUAUUACUAGGAAACGUUUAGUGACUCCUGUAGGAUGCAAUGCUCACAUAUGUAUGAGAUAUGAUGCAGGAAAGUAUGUUGUUAGUCAAUUCAAAGAAGAACAUAAUCAUUGUUUAUAUACUCCAAGUUGUGCAAAAUUUCAAAAGGAUAAUAGAAAAAUGCAUAUUAUGCAUAAGAAGUUGAUUGUUGAUAAUUCAAAGGUAAAUGUUGGUCCUGUGAGGUCUUAUACAAUGAUGAAAGAAUUAGCUGGAUCACAUGAUAAUGUUGGUGCAUCUAAACAAGAUUUCAAAAACUUUUAUAGAGAUUUGAAGGCUUAUAUUGCUGGAUCAGAUGCCCAAAUAUAUAAUAUGAUCUUUGGUCCAUUUACUGGAGUUGAUCACCAUAAGAAAUGUGUUACUUUUGCGGCUUCUUUUGUAGCUCAUAAAGAUAUAUCAUCUUUCGAAUGGGUUUUCAAAACUUUUCUUAAAUCAAUGGGAAAUAAUGAUCCUGUGUGUUUGAUUACCGAUCAAGACCCUGCAAUGAAAGUUGUUGUUCGUAAUGUUUUUCAAAUUACAGAACAUAGGUUUUGUAUGUGGCAUAUUAUGAAAAAGGUGCCUGAAAAAGUAGGUCGGGCAAUUACCCAAGAAACUGAUUUUUUGAAAAAAGUUUGUGCAUGUGUUUGGCAUUUAGAGAUUGAGCCAGCAGAAUUUGAAGAAAAGUGGAACAAAGUUAUUUCAGAAUUCAAUUUGAACGAUCAUGAGUGGUUGGCUCACAUGUUCAACAUACGUGAUAUGUGGAUUCCAGCGUUUGAAUGUGCAUUGGAUGCACAAAGGCACACUCAAAAUAAAAUGGAUAAUGAUUCAAAGAAUAAGCGUCCAGAGUGUAAGACUCCAAUUCCUUUAGAAAAAGAUGCUCCUGAGUUGUUUACAACAACAAUUUUUUAUGAUUUUCAAUAUGAGCUUGAAAUUGGAUGUUUUAAUUGUGGUGUUGAGGAGAUGAAGAAGGACAAUGAGAUUUACAUUUUCAAAUUAAGGGAAGGAUCUAGGAGGAGGGCUUUUGAUGUUGUUUUUGAUCCAACUACCUUAGAUACCAAGUGUUUUUGUAAAAAAUUUGAACGUGAUGGUGUGCCUUGUAGGCAUAUGAUUUGGAUGUGGAAAGCAAGGAUGUUAGAAAAAAUUCCCAAGACUUACGUUCUAAAUAGAUGGUGUACAAUGGCUUAUAAGAAGCCCAUUUUUGAUUUAGAGGGUAAUGUUUUAGAGGAAUGUCUUAAUGUUGUAGAUAAAAAGAUGCUAUUAAAUGAUUUGUGGUGUGAAAUUUAUGCUUGUGUGAGUUUAGUGCAAAACAAUGAAGAUGAUCUAAGUGAUCUUGUCAAAAAACUUCGAGUCAUGAGAAUAGAUUUGGAACAAAAGAAAAUAACAAAUGGAAGCAACAAUUUUUGUAGCAAAGUUAAAGACAUUGAAAUGCUUAUUGGAGCUAGUUUACCUUCUGAAGUUUUGAUCAAAGCUCCAAAAAUUUCAAAAAACAAAGGUACAGGGGUUCAUGUUCCAAAUUAG